AUGUCAAUAUUAUGAUUAUGUAUUGAAAUUUGAAAAUCAAAUUAAACUCACCUCAAAGAUUGGAAAUUCUCCUUGUUUGCGCCGAAAUUCUAUAUGAAAUGUCCGCCCUAGCUUCAAAAUGUAUCACAUUUCACUCAAUAAAACAACCCAUCGCACGGACUUACAAAAGACGAUUGAUACCAGCAAUAGUAAUUCGUACUUAUUACACAGUGAAACGGAGAGUUGAAAAAGACGAUAACUUCUUAGCUAAACAUUUAUUCAAUAAAAUCAAAACCACAGGCCCCAUUACUGUUGCGGAAUAUAUGAAAGAAGUGCUACAGAAUCCUAUGAAGGGGUAUUAUAUGACCAAAGACAUGUUUGGAGAAUCUGGGGAUUUUGUCACAUCACCUGAAAUUUCACAGAUAUUUGGGGAAAUGUUAGCUGUAUGGUUCCUUAAUGAGUGGCAUAAAAUAGGCUCACCUCGUCCACUGCAACUUGUAGAGCUUGGACCAGGCCGAGGGACAUUAAGUUCAGACAUAUUGAAAGUUUUCAGCCAUUUUAAGGCCCUUCAUAAUACAAGUCUUCAUUUAGUUGAGACAAGUCCAGUCUUAAGUGAUGUUCAAAGCAAAACUUUAUGCACACACAGCUCUAUGGCCCCUAACCUAAAGAGCUCCUACUAUAGAGAAGGUGUGACUCGUCAGGGUAUUCCUGUAUAUUGGUAUAAACAGCUUAAAGAUGUACCAGAUAGCUUUACUCUAUUGUUGGCUCAUGAAUUUUUUGAUGCCAUGCCUAUUCACAAAUUUCACAAAACUUAUGCUGGGUACAAAGAAGUUUUAAUUGAUUUGGAACAAACACAAUCAUCAAAAGAUGAUUAUCACUUCAGAUAUGUAUUAGCAAGGAAUGAUACCCCAAUGCUUAAAGUUUUACUAAAGUCAACCGAAACACGACAGCAUGUUGAAAUAUCACCAGAUUCAAUGCUGAUAUAUGAAGAAAUAUGCAACCGUAUAGUAUCAAAUGGCGGCAUAGCUUUGAUUUGUGAUUACGGACAUGAUGGAACUGGAACAGACACAUUUAGGGCUUUUAAGAAACAUAAGCAGGUAGACCCAUUGGCGCAACCUGGUUCUGCCGACUUAACCGCCGAUGUUGAUUUCAGCGUUAUUAAGGAAAUUGCUAGCAAAAAUAAAGACGUCAUGUAUCAAGGUCCGGUAACGCAAAAAAAGUUUCUUCACAAAAUUGGAAUUGAAUAUAGGGUCGGAGCCCUAAUGAAAAACAUGACAGAUAAGAAACAAAUAGAAAAUUUGCAAGAAUGCUACAACUUUUUAACGGACGAGUCGAAAAUGGGGGAAAGGUUUAAAUUUUGCACUUUGAUGCCUACUAGUCUAAAAAAAAUUAUCGACAAAUAUCCCAUCGUCGGAUUCUCGUAAUACAUAAUAUGACCUCAACUCGAUUGUUUGUAAAAUGUUACUAUAUCUGUGAUACAUUUAAUGAAUAUAAAUAAAAUUAAUAAUAUAAUA